GUCGCAGCUGUCGCUAUAUCCCCACCCACUUCGUCUAAAUCGCUAGCAAAACAAGCUGAACUUGCUCGCCCCGUUGAGACAGAGUCGGGACACUCUGACACCACAGCAUUCAAUACGGGCCUAGAUGAGCGCGAUCAGUUCCUUGGGAGAAAGUUAUGUAUAGUCUGCGGGCACGGCUCAUCGCUGCAACAUUGCUAUAUCGUCCUCGCUCGAAUCUCAGAGAGUGGGCUCAUCUCCAACAGGUAGGAUGGAUUCCAGCGGGUGCCAAAGCGUCGCCUGAGCAUGAACCCCGUAACGGGUUGAUGAUGUGUCCAACUCAUCACGUAGCAUUCGAUGCGUUGAUGUUCUUCAUUCGCUAUGAGCCUAAGCUUGGGAAGUAUAUCUUCGUUUACUUUGAUAGCUACGGCAGUUCCACGGCAAAGCCGCUGCUCGUCCACGAAUACAUGGUCUGCGGGAAGAACUUUCUGCAACCAUCGCCCGCUGUCCCAAUAUCCGGACAUUGGCAGGAGUGGAUGCUCACUUCCGGUGUGGUAAACGAGGGAGAAGGUGGAGAAUCGUUCACGUUCAAGCGAGAGGCCCCGCCGCAGCCUUCCGGACCUCACCAGGGGCUUCACGCACUGUCUGCAAAUAGAUACUCACCGUCACCCGAUAUUGCUCCUGAGUCUGGUCCUCAACUCUUCCUUUCUGCACCUCAGCCUGAGCUGAUCGGCCAAUUGAUGUCGACUCAGCGGACGAUGCCCAGCUGGAAGGCAUGGCAGACGGAGACUAUGAGCUGGGAGGGCACUACGGAAGAGAACAC